AAUCAGGAGUAUUGAUGAGGAAAAUGUAUCUGAUAUGACUUUAGCAGGGCUUUCCCCAUCAGGUCCACUGGUCAAGUAAGAAAGAGCCCACGGGAACUGAGACAGACUGGCACAUUGGAUCCAGAGGGUGAUGGGAGUGGGAUGUUUUAGUGACAGAAGUUCCAGAAGAUUUGAGGCGCUUCAGACGUGACAGUGGAUCACUCGGUGAUAUAAUUUUUGACUUUUACGUGAAAAAUGCAACUAUGCCAUUGUAUUUGGAAAAAAUGUUAGAAGACACUGGUGACCUGAUGUAUAACACAGCUAAGGAAGACCAUUUCCAACCUACAUCUGAUCAAUCUAAGCACAGUGAUCCUUAUGUGACACAAAACAAAGGCAAUAUAAGAGGUGAUAGUCUUCCUUAUCUGGACAUUGAAGCUUUGGGCACAGAUCUUGAUGCGGAAAAGUCAGCGGAUUCCCCUCAUGCUCCAUCUGAUGUAGAACAAGAACUGCAGCUCUUUUACCAAAUGUUUGAGGACUAUUUGAAGUUUAAAGCUCACAGGACACAAAAAGAAGCAUCAGAUACAAGGAACAAAAUAGAAACAACCUGUAAAAAAAUACUUAAUGAAAAAGGAUCAAAGGAGGCUUCUUGGAAGAAAAACCAAGGAGCUGUCAGUAAAAAGUCUGGAGGCAGCCCUAGUUACCCACAUGAACAAACCAUGAGUGGGCACUCUCAGGUCGAAAAGUCAACAGGCCCAAUUCACAAGAACAUUUCUAAGCAGGAAAAAGAAUUUUCUUCAUUUGAAAGUCUUGUUAAAACAAUGCUUAAUACUCUUCCCAAUGCUUCGAAAGAGUCUCCCACGCAGAAAAAAGAAACAGAAUAUAUCCCAAACCAGUUGAAGCCAGGCUUUUCAAUGAAAGAGUCAAUCAUAAUUGAGAGCAUUCAGCACAUUAGUAAUGAUGUGAUUCCAACUGCAAAGUUCUCCCAAACAUUGUCAACUCUGAAUAAGACUACUGGAAAAGAACCUCAGAAAUAUGGCUCACAUUCUCUAAUCACAGCGCCUCAGAAAGAUUCCUUCUCCAUUUCAGCCAAAAGACCUCAGAAAAAUGAAUUCUCCAAGUCGACCAAAACUCCCCAGGCAGAUAACCUUUACAAGUCAAGUACAGCUCCUCAGCAAGAUAUCUUCCCCGUGUCAACCACAGCACCUCUCAACAAUGGCUUCAUGUUCAAUACAUUUCCUCAGCACAAUGCCGCCUUCAUGUCAAACACUGUUCCUCAGCAAAAUAAUGUCUUUACAUCAAGCAUAGUUCCUCACCACAGUGAAUUCUCCAUGCCAGCUACAGUUCUUCAGAAAAGUAAUUUCUCCAUGUCAACCAUAGUUCCUCAGAAGGGUAAUUUCUCCAUGUCAACCAUAGUUCCUCAGAAGGGUAAUUUCUCCAUAUCAACCAUUGUUCCUCAGAAAGGUAAUUUCUCCAUGUCAACCAUAGUUCCUCAGAAGGGUAGUUUCUCCACGUCAACCAUAGUUCCUCAGAAAGGUGAUUUCUCCAUGUCAGCUACAGUUCCUCAGCCAAAUGCCUUUUCCAUGUCAACUACUGCAUCUAAGCAAGAUAGUAGCUCAAACACACCAACCAACAUACUUCAAGAACACGUCUCAUCCACUUCAGUCAAAGGAUCUCAGAAAAUUGACCUUUUCACUUCAACAGAAGGAUCUCACAAACACAUCUUACCAACUCCAAACAAGCCAAUUCACAAACAUGGUUCAGGCACACCAACUGGGAUAUCUCCAAAGCAUAGUUCACCUUAUUCUACUAAGCCAUCUCAGAAACAUGGCUCACCCACUCCAACCAAAGUAUCUCAGAAACAUGGCUCAGCCACCCCAACCAAAGUAUCUCAGAAACAUGGCUCACCCACCCCAACCAAAGUAUCUCAGAAACAUGGCUCAGCCACGACAAGUAAAUCACCUCAGAAAUAUGGCUUACCCACCCCAACCAAAGUAUCUCAGAAACAUGGCUCGCCUACUACAAGUAAAUUGCCUCAGAAACAUGGUUCACCAACUACAACCAAAGCAUCUCAAAACCAUGGCUCAACUACCACUACCAAAUCACCACAGAGAUAUGAUUUACAUACUGUAACCAGCCAAUCUCAGAAUCAUAGCUCAUCUACCGUAACCAAACCUUCUCAAAGGCGUGGCUCACCCACCACUACCAAAGUAUCUCAGAAACAUAGCUCACACAGUCCAGCCACAAGCCAUAAUGUAACCAUGGGUGACAUUAAUACUGCACUAAAUUUGCUUCAAUCAGGAGGCCUUCACCCUCUAAAAAGCCACUCAUUAGCCAUGAAUGACACAGAAAUUAAUCAACAGAUCCAUCCAAAAAAUGACUCAACCACAGAAAAUACAAGAACUAAUCACCAGAGAGGACUGCUCAGGAGUUUGAUCAUUCCUGAAGGAGAUCUUCACCAUCAACAUAUAUUUAAUCCAAUUUUAAUCAGUGAACAAGUAACGAGCAUUCCUUCUCAUAAUCAGCUAUCCUUAGGGCAACAAUAUAAAGUAGACAGAUCAGCACAGCAAGAUAAUCAGGGAUUGUCACAGGGUCUACCAGAGAUCACAAAGAAUUCUGACUUACCUUCUCUUGAAAAUUUAAUGAACGAUUUGGACAAGCAGUUCUCAAAACGAAAACCAACCACGAAUGACAUAAAUAAUAUCAAAGCUGCCUUAGAUCAGUUGAAUGUAAUACUAUCAAAGACUGAAAAGAAUGAAAUUUCUGAAGAAACUUCUCAAAGCACUACUAAAGAGGUAACACUGGAAAAAAAACCUUUCAAAAGAGAACAAGGGUCAACGCAGCCAAAGCAAAGCCAGGGGUUGAUUAAUGAAAUGAAUGAAGGAUCAGUCAGAGGUCUCUUCAUUCAUAAUGGAAGUCUCAAGUAUGACCAUGCUGAACAAAAGAGGGGAUUGCCUAAUAGAGAGACACAGAGUAAUAUAGUCAUGAGCUUCUUGGAUAGCCAAAAUAUCCUAGGUCAAAAACAAGUUACAGAGGAGCUGAAACAUACAAAUAAAUUGUUAAAAGGGCUAUCAAACUCAACAUCAGAGGAGCCCAAUGUGCAGCAGCUGGAAAAUCUUCUAAUUGAAACCAAAAAAGAGUUUUCUCGAAGAAAUCCCAAUGAAAAUGAUGUAGGUAUCCUUGAAAAUGCAUUAAGACAACUUGAUGUAAUUGCAUCAAAUGGGAAAAGCAUCAUUAGGAAUAGCAGGUCCCUGACAUCCUCCAACAGGCCGAAACAAAAUGUGCCCCAAAGUGGGACGCAGAUAUUCUCCUUUCACAAUCAUACUCCAAAUUCUGCUUUGAAUAGCAAAUCUUUUAUGAUUUUCCUUACUUCUACCCAACACGCUUCUCUGAAUAGAAGACUGUCAAUGUCCUUUCAUAUUCCUGCUCAAAGAAUAUCCACACCAAUGUUGCACAGGAACAAACCUUCAACAUUAUCCCAAAGUCCUAUGCAAAAGGUUCCUGUAAAUAAUAAAUCUUCAAUUUCUCACUACAUGCCGAAGUUGAAUACAUAUGUUAGUAGAAAGUCAUCAAUGAUUUCCCACAAUCAUAAUCAAACAUCUCAGCUUAGCAAAAGGUCUUCUCCAGAACCUCCUCAUUCUAAUAUUAGGGGCUCUUCAAUUUAUUCCCAAGCCCUUAAACACGAUGAACCAAUGAAUUUCAGUUUUUCAGUAUCUCCACCCAGUUCUACUCAAGAUGCAUCCAAAAAUUUAAAAUCUAGAGUUUUGUUCAGUCCUCAUAAGGAUCCUUUUAACAGAAUCUCUCCAGUGACUUUCCAUGGGCCCAGUCAAAAUCCUUCUAGGAACAGAAUUCUAUCAAGAGUUUUCCAUCCUGCUUUUCAAAAUGCUUUCUUGAAAAGAUCAUCAGUGCUUUCCCACGGUCUAAAUCAAAAUAUUGCUAUGAAUGGAGGACCCACAUCAUAUCCUCAUAAUCUUGAAAACAUGAAACUUUCACUUGCUUCUCCUCAAAACAUUCAUCUGAAUACAGCACCCUCAACACUUUUGCCUGGACCUUUUCAGGGUAAUCCUAUGGAUGGACAAAGCCCAUGGUUUCCUCAUAUCGAUACUCCAGAUGGAGUUUCACUUUCCCACUUUCCAACACCAUCUAUUACUGUAAAUACAAGAUUUUCACCUUACCACAGUCACAUACAUUCUGCCCCUCAAUAUAAGAGAUCUUUACAACUUUCUCAAAAGCACACUCCGCCAUUUGCAUCCGGGAAUAAGCAAGCUUCAAAAUCUUCCCAUAAUCGUGCUCCAUCCGUGUCUGGGAGUAAGAGAUCUUCAAAACCUUCCCAUAAUCGUGCUCCAUCCAUGUCUGGGAGCAAGAGAUCUUCAAAACCUUCCCAUAAUCGUGCUCAGUCUGGUUCUGGGAAUAAACGCACUUCGAAGUCUCCCCAUAAUCGCACUCCAUCCACUCCUGGAAAUAAGCGAUCUUCAAAAUCUUCCCAUAAUCGCACUCCAUCUGGUUCUGGGAAUAAGCGAGCUUCCAAAUCUUCCCAUAAUCACACCUCAUCUGCCCCUGGGAAAAAACUAUCUUCAGAAUCUUCACACAAUUCCACUUCAACAGCCCCCCUGAAUAUAGUAUCCACAAGGGUUUUCAAUGCUCUUCCUCAAAUUACUUCUAUGAGUAGACAAAUUCCACACUUUCAUUAUACUCAUACUCCAAAUAUCCAGAAAACUAGUUCACCAAGCACUUCACAUAAUCGCAGUCCAACUGCCCCUGCAAAUAUAACAUACUUAAAGAUCUUCAGUGUUUCGCCUCAAGAUACUCUCAUCAAUGGACAAAUUCCACAGCAUCAACUUCCUCAUCCUCCAAAUAUCCACAAAAAUAAAUCACCAAACCCUUCAAGUAAUCUCAGUCCAACUGCCCCUACGAGUGCAGUAGUGUCAAAGGUUUUCCUUGUCACUCCCCAGACUAUUGUUUCGAAUGGACAAAUUCCACAGCACCAAGUUAUUCGUCCUCCAAAUAUGCGCAAAAAUACCUCACCAAACCCUUCACAUAAUCCCAGUCCAAUUGCCCCUAUGAAUAUAGUGUCUUCAAAGAUUUUCAUUCUUCCUCCUCAAGAUACUGUUAAUAGACAAAUUCCACAGUUUCAUUAUACUCAUAUUCCAAAUAUCCAGGAAAAUAGCUCACCGAGCCCUUCUAAUCCCAGUCAAACUACCCCUACGAAUAUAGUAUUGCCAAAGUUUUUCAUUGUUCCUUCUCAAGAUAUUAAGAAUGUACAAAUUCCACAGUUUCAUUCUACUCAUGCGCCAACUCUACAGAAAAAUAGCUCACCAAACCCUUCACAUUAUCCCAAUCCGACAGCCUCUAUGAAUAUUGUAUCGCCAAAGGUGUUCAUUGUUCCUCAAGAUACUCUCACCAAUAGACAAAUUCCACGCUUUCAUUAUACUCAUAUUCCAAAUAGACAGAAAAAUAGCUCACCAAACCCUUCACAUUAUCCUAGCCAAGCUGCCUCUAUAAAUACAGUAUCUCCAGAAGUUUUCAUUUUUCCUCCUCAAGAUACUCUCACCAAUAGACAAAUUCCACAAUUUCAUAGCACUCAUGUUCCAAAUAUACAGAAAAAUAGCUCACCAAACCCUUCACAUUAUCCCAAUCCGACUGCCUUUAUGAAUAUUGUAUCGCCAAAGGUGUCCAUUGUUCCUCCUCAAGCUACAAACAGACAAAUUCCACGUUUUCAUUACACUCAUCCUUCAAAGCGCCGUAAAAAUACCUCACCAAUCCUUUCCCAUUAUCCCAGUCCAACUGCUGCUGAAAAUAGCAGACUUCCGAUAAGCCCUCAUAUUUUUAGCCAUAAUGCACCUGUGAAUAUGGUAACCCCUAAGUUCUCAAAUAGCUUUUCUCAACCUACAUUGGGUGAUAGACAAGUCGUACAGUUUCAUCAUGAAUAUUCACCAAAAGUACUUACAAAUAAAGCUUCAAACCCUUAUGUUGCCUCUUUAAUUGCUGUUGCAAAUAGGAAACCUUCAACCCCUCCCCAAGAACACCAUAAAAUGUCUCCCAUGCAUCAAAAAACCCGACACUUAUAUCAAAUUCAUUCUCCAAAAGUCCCUAAGUAUAGAUUUUCACCAUCCAACAGUUUCACUCAUAUUACCCCAGUGAAUAGAUUAUCUACAAAGGGUUCCCGCAAGCCAACUUCAACUAUAUUGAUGAAUAAGAAAACUUCAAAACCUUCCCACAAUAAACUUCCAGCUGCCCCUGUGAAUAAGAAAACUUCAAUACCUUCUGGCAAUCCUAUUCCAACUACUCCUGUGAAUAGAACAUUCUCAACAAUUCUGAGUGGUUCAAAUGGUCAACAGAUUCCAGGGUUUAAUGAAAUUCAUAACCAAAACACUUCUAAAACUAGAUUUUCAAAUUCGUCUUAUAUUCCCAACCCAACAGAUUCUAUUAAGAAGAGAACUUCAAAUCAUUCCUACAAUCCCACUACAACCAUAGUGAAUAGAAAAUCAUCAAACCAUUCCUACAGUCCCACGCCAAAUACCCCUGUCAAUAGAACAACUAUCCGUUCUUACAGUCCCACGCCAAAUACCCCUGUCAAUAGAACAACUAACCGUUCUUACAGUCCCAUGCCAAAUACCCCUGUCAAUAGAACAACUAACCGUUCUUACAGUCCCACGCCAAAUACCCCUGUCAAUAGAACAACUAACCGUUCUUACAGUCCCACGCCAAAUACCCCUGUCAAUAGAACAACUAACCGUUCUUACAGUCCCACGCCAAAUACCUCUGUCAAUAGAACAACUAACCGUCCUUACAGUCCCACGCCAAAUACCCCUGUCAACAGACGAACAACUAACCGUUCUUACAGUCCCACUCCAAAUAUCUCUGUCAACAGGCGAACAAAUAACCAUUCUUAUAGUCGCACUCCUAAUACUCCUGUCAAUAGGAAAUCAAACCCUUCUCACAAUCCCAGUCCAUUUGCCUCUGAGAAUAGGAAAUCUAUGCCUCUGCCCACUCCACCUGUCGUCUUACAUAGGAGAAUUUCACCUUCUCACAAUCCCACUCCAAAUGCUCCUGUGAAUAAAGUAACCUCGGUGUUUUUUGUUCAACCCCCUUACAUUACUCCUGUUAAAGAACAAAUACCAUGGAUUCCUCGUAUUAACUCUCCAAAUACCCUUAUCAAUAGGAAUUUAUUAAAACCUCGUAAUCUCUCUCUAACAGCUCCUGUUAACAGAAGGUUAUCGAUACCAUUCCCUAACAGGUCUCCAGAUCCUUCUAAUGAUCCUAUUCCUAUUACCCUUAAAUACAGAAGGCCACCAAACUUUCUCCACAAACCCACUAAAAUUAAUUCCAUGAUGAGGAAACCCCAAACAUUUUCCCACAGUCAGAUAAACAAGGCUCCUAAUUCUAGUAGAGCUUUGAAAUCUGCCUACUUUUCUUCAAACGGAAGGCCUUUUUUAUCUUCUCAAAGUUCUGCAAAGUCUCCCUAUAUGUCCCGUCACAAAACUCAACUUAUUAACAUUACAAAACCGUGACGCAGUUCACAAUUCUCUAAAGCCAAUCAUCAGAGAAGGACAUGCAGCCGACCAAAAUGAAAAGCUACAGCAGCUUAAAGUUUUGGACCAAAACCUUGAAAAAAGCCCUUUGAUUUCUACCAGUUGGUCUAAUCAAAAUGCAGAUCAGCAGCAACUCUGCAAAUAACAAAUAGCUACAACAAGGAAGACAAGUCAUUAGGAGAUAUGCAGUGAAAUAAUUGUCUAGAUGGCAGACCAAAGAACAGACGUUGAUAAAUACGUGGAGAACUCAGUCUAAGUGGCACUGCAGUAAUAUCCGAAUCCAACACAAGGGAGUUUCUUCUGCAGAGAGGUGACAAGUCAACUAUCUCCAAAACCUUUGAAAGUUUUUAAAGAAGCAUUUCUAAAAUGAUGAAAUCUUCAUACAUGUCACUGGAAAUGACAUAUGUAGUUAAAGGAAAUCAUUUGCAAUUGGCUGUUAUAAAAUAACUCAUUGUACUUUUGAGUUUCAAUGUGCUACAUCUGUGCAUUAUCAUAUGGAUAAAUAACAUGUAGCUUCAAUUGUCCUUUGCCUGCUCUCCACUGGUGAAAGGAUAAGACGACUGAUACCAUGGGAUUUGAGCAUAUCCUAUUUACCAGAAAAUUAUUUGGUUAGAAGUGAAAUAUUCUCCAAACAGUUUGAGAAUACAGAGUUUACCAAAUUAUAAAAUGAAUAAAAAGUUGGUAAAUAUGAAAGAGACAGGUCUCAAGUUGAAUCCUGCUUAUAUA